AUGCGGGGAGCACGUCGUCCAACCUCCUUCCCCGGACCUCUCAUUUCCCCUCCCUGUUCCCUCAUUUCCCCCCCUCCCUCUCUCUUUUCCCCCACUACUCCUACCCCUUGUUUCCCCCUCUGCUUACCCUCGUUCCCCCCUCUCUUUUCCCUUAUUUCCCCCUCUCCUCUCCCUCGUUCCCCCCUCUCCAUCCCAUCAUUUCCCCCUCUGCUUCCCCUCGUUCCCCCCCUCCAUCCCCUGAUUUCCCCCUCCUUUCCCCCACUGCUUCCCCUCCUUUCCCCCACUGCAUCCCCUCCUUUCCCCCGCUGCUUCCCUCCUUUCCUCCGCUGCUUCCCCUCCUUUCCCCCACUGCUUCCCCUCCUUUCCCCCACUGCAUCCCUCCCCCCCACUGCUUCCCCUCCUUUCCCCCAUUGCAUCCCCUCCUUUCCCCCACUGCUUCCCCUCCUUUCCCCCCGUGCUUCCCCUCCUUCCCCCCGUUUCCCUCACUGCCUCCGCUCCCGCUGCCCUUCUCUCACCUGUCCAUCCCUUGCCUCCCCUUCGCAUCCGUCUAAAGCCGUGAGCGAAAUCAGACACAACUUUCCCUCACAUCCCCUCUCCCUCCCCCCGUUUGUUACCCAUCCCUCCCCCUGUUUGUUACCCAUCCAUCUCCCUUUCCUUCCCCUCGUUCCCCCCUCUCCUUCCCCUCGUUCCCCCUCGCCUUCCCCUCGUUCCCCCCUCUCCUUCCCCUCGUUCCCCCCUCUCCUUCCCCUCGUUCCCCCUCUCCUUCCCCUCGUUCCCCCCUCUCCUUCCCCUCGUUCCCCCCUCUCCUUCUCCUCGUUCCCCCCUCUCCUUCCCCUCGUCCCCCCCUCUCCUUCACCUCAUUUCCCCCUCUGCUUCUCCUCGUCCCCCCCUCUCCUAGCCCUCAUUACCCCCUCUCUCUCAAAAUAA